UCUGCCUUUCAGAAAAAACCUAUUGACUCGCAGUUGGAGCGGAUUUCAGAACACGUGUAUAAAGCUAAAGGAAAGUCGUUAUGUGAACCACUACUACAGCCCUUCUGGAGUUGGUCCUCAAAGUACGUCCCCAAAAGAAUCGCUCCCAACACUCUCACUGUUGCCGGACUUGUUGGGAAUGCUAUCAGUGUUGCUAUUAUCGUGUAUUAUGAUCCCAAACUUGACUCUGAACUUCCUACAUUCGUAGUUCUUUUGCACCUAUUAGCCGUCUUUCUAUACCAAACACUGGACGCCCUCGAUGGCCUCCAUGCUCGCCGGACGAAUACCUGUUCACAGUUGGGUGAACUGUUUGAUCAUGGAUGUGACGCUAUUUCCAUGUUUCUGUUGCCCCUAGGAUAUUUCUCUAUCCUCGGAAUGGGUCAUCAUCCAAUUCUUAUGUUCAUACAAUUCAUCAUCCUUAACUGCGUCUUUUACACCUCGCACUGGCAGUGUUACGUCACUGGGGUAAUAGAAUUCGAUAGUUUCAGCGUGACAGAAGCCUUGCUGGUUAGCAUGGGUUUCUCAGCGGUCACGGCCAUCUUCGGUAUCGGGUUCUGGGACAUAAAGGUAGGUUCGUCACGAGGUUUGUAUGUACUGCGGCCAUCAACUCAUAAAUACUUGUCUUCUAAUACGAUUGAAGUCAACUUUAGUCGGGUGUGUAGUCUCGACGAAGUGACCGNGAAGGAUUUUGCCAAAUGUGCUUUACGCACUCUGAAUGAAGAAAUGAAAUUGGAGAGCAGCGCUAGUGGUUGCAUUCUUCCUGUCUGGAAAUGGUUUCUAACCUAA